UUUACAUCUUCGCUAAAGAAUCGAUCAGCUCUCGCCGGGUUGACGCUGGAUUCAACUUUCUGGAAGGCCUCCUUCGAAACCCGGCUUUUUUCUUCGUCCAGUCUGUCAUCGCUGCUGGUCAAAUUGUUAUUAUUUUCAAAGGUGGAAAAGCCUUUGGAACUGAGCCACUAACUGGUGCGUAGUGGGGAUGGUCGAUGCUCUUCGGUCUAUUGACAUUUCCCGUCGGGGCAUUUCUUCGCAUCAUCCCCGACGGAAUCAUCGCACGGGUGUUUGAUGGAAUUGGGAGAGCGUGUAGACCUCUGAAGCUGUUCUUCGGUGGAUUUUCUAUCGGCCGAGCGACCAAAGCUCGACUUUCGGGGCUUUUGCAGAGCGUCAACUCGUCUCCAGGUUCUGACAGUGUACCGCCUACCACGAAACAAAUCGCGGCUCCACAAGAGUUCGAUGCAGGCGAGCCAUUGUUCAAUCUUCUACACGCUAUAGAGGACUCGAGGAACCCCAUGAGUGAUGGGCCGUACGGUUUUGAAGUCCAUCCUGGUACUCGGAAGGACGAUAUCGUGUUGAUCCAGCCGGUUCAGGAUGUUUGAUUGGAUUGCUAUCAUUGUGGUACACAGGCUCUCUUUGGUUUCAAAAGUGAUGAUUUAGAAGCUGGUCACUGCACACUUUUGUAUCUGAUGAAUGCUAGAAUAUCCUUGAGAUGGUGAGGCCUGCUUCAGGAACCGGUGUAA